AUGAAUAACAUAUUGGUCUUUGGUGGCAGUUCACACCCUUCCCUGGUCAAUGAGAUCUGCGCCAACCUGGGUAUCAAAGCCUCGGAAACUAAACUGGGCAAAUUUUCCAAUGGAGAGACCAGUAUAAGCAUUGGCGAAUCUGUGCGCGAAAAGGACGUCUAUGUCAUUCAGAGUGGAUGCGGGCACGUCAACGACAACUUCAUGGAGCUAUUAAUACUUCUUAACGCCUGCAAAACCGCUUCAGCUAGUCGCGUCACUGCGGUGAUGCCAUACUUCUGCUAUUCACGCCAACCAGAUAUCCCCUACACGGCCAAAGGCGCACCUUUGAUCUCGAAGCCAAAGGAAAGCUACACUUUUGAAAGCUUCCCUGGCACACCAGUUCCUUCUGUCCUCACAACACUGAAGCCUGCAUCACCAACCGGCCCAGAUGCUCUCAACGAAGUGAUUGAAAUACAAGAAAGUACGACCCAAGUCCUUGAACAACCCACUCCCCGCAAACUCGACGACGGUGAUGUACACAAAUCCCCAUCUUUCUCUCGUAUUCCAAUGGUCCCAGAAGGCAAGGACAACAGCACUGAAGUUGGGUGGCUUUUCAACGCAAACAACGCCGGGUACAAACUGUGGGUGGCACAAUCCGGCACUCUGAUCGCCAACCUGUUAACGACCGCCGGUGCCGACCACGUCAUUACCAUGGACCUGCACGACGCCCAGUUCCAGGGUUUUUUUGACAUUCCAGUUGAUAACUUGUAUUGCAAGCCACUUGCUCAAAACUAUAUCCAGUACAAUAUACCAGACUACAAAGAGGCCGUCAUAGUUUCUCCCGAUGCAGGCGGUGCCAAGCGCGCGGCUUCUAUUGCGGACGCGCUGGAACUCUCUUUCGCGUUAAUACACAAGGAGAAGAGGUCUCAGCUUCCAAAAGGCCCCCCUGAUGCCAGUCUAACUUCUGGUGGUGGUGCAUCGAUCUCGAACAAACCCUUAAUUUCGACCCCCUCUUCCCUCGCCUUAAGUUCCCAGGAUAUAAAAUACUCCUCAUCCAAGUACAUUCAGACCACUAUGCUAGUUGGUGACGUGCGCAACAAAACUUGCAUUAUAGUCGAUGAUUUGGUUGACACCUCUUACACGAUUACUAGAGCUGCAAAGCUUUUGAAAGAUCAGGGUGCGACAAAGGUAUAUGCCAUGAUCACUCACGGUGUCUUCUCGGGUGACGCUUUGAAUAGGGUAGCACAGAGCGCUAUUGACAAAAUUAUCGUAACCAAUACCGUGCCACAGGAAAAAACAGUGAAAUACCUUGGUCGUGACAGAGUCCACGUUCUUGACGUAUCACGAAUCUUUGGUGAGUCAAUUCGGAGAAUUCACAAUGGUGAGUCCAUUAGCAUGCUUUUUGAGUAUGGCUGGUAA